CCUUCGCCUUCGCCCUCCUGGCAGAGUCGCAGGUAGCCAUUGACUCGGAGAACACCACUUCGCCCCAGUUCACAACAGCCGCCGCCCCUUCCAGCCUCCAUCGGCCACCGCUCCCCUUCCUCCCGCGCCUCGCCGCCGGCCGCCGCCGCACCGGUCGCCCCUUCCUUCCCGGCGGCCCAAUCGCACCCUAAGGCGGCAGCGCCCGUCUCGCGCCUCACCGCGCGCCCCCACCAAAUGGGCGCCCCCGGCCGCGACCUCUCAGCUCUCCUCGCUAUCCGCCGCAGCGGCAGCCGCCUGUUCAAGCGGUAGGCCCGCCCCUGCGCCUGUCGGUGGCUGGUUGGUGGUGUCGGUGUGGGGACGCGGCGCGGGAAAGGAGGGGAGGUGGGGGGAAACUCGGGUUGCAGCCACAGCAGCAGCAGCCAUGUUCGGGACGGGGCUGAACCUGGUCAGCGCGGCGCUCGGCUUCGGCAUGACCGCAGCCUUCGUCGCGUUCGCCUGCGCGAGGUUCGUCUGCUGCCGCGUCCGCGGCGAUGACUCCGGCGCGCCGCCGUCGCUGAACUUCGACGCCGAUCUCGACGACCCGGUAGAGCAUCGUACUGGGUUGGAACCUUUGGUUAUUGCUGCAAUUCCUACUAUGAAGUAUAAUUUUGAGGCCUUCCAGUCUAAAGAUGAUGCCCAGUGCUCUAUAUGUUUAGGUGAAUACAAGGAGAAAGAGAUUCUUAGAAUCAUCCCGACAUGUCGCCACAACUUUCACCUUGCCUGCUUAGAUUUAUGGUUGGAGAAGCAGACGACUUGCCCGAUAUGCCGGGUCUCACUGAAAGAGCUGCAAGCUGCCAUGUCAUCUGCAUGUAGCAUCCAGCAACUCCCCACCGUCCCAGAGAAUUCUGCUAACCCAACACCUCAGUGUUUCUUACCUGUUCUUCAAGAUCAGAGGGGUCAAAGUAAUGGCCAGGAGAGGAACGAAUCAGUAGAAGUGGUUAUUGAAAUUCGACAAUAAUUUGAACAUUGACAUGACUGUAUGAGUGAAGUAAUGGAGGCAAAUCCGAUUACAUUUCCUGAAUCCAGCAUCAGCAUGUUCUGUAGGGCUGUUGAUGAUCAUGCCCCUCGUAGCAUUGUCACCACAUCAUGAUGUUGAUCUCAGAUUUCCUUUGCAGAUGAAGCAUCUUUUUGUACAUUUAAUGUGGCAGGUCAGCAUGUUGUACUGACACAUCUGUGGCGAGUUCAUUUUGAUGUGAUGAACUGGUGAUGAAUAUUGUAAAUACACUGUCAGUAUCAGUACUGAAUCUUCUUCAUUGUCAGAGCUACAAAAAUAUCCACAUUGUGGUUCC